UCCACUAAAACUAGUGACUCAGACGGAAAGGAGAAAGUAUAAAAACGGAGUGGGGCGGUCAGGGAGCUCACACAGUCCCAGUGAACACUGAAAACAACGCAAGCUCUUUAAUCUACAGAGAGAAAGACUGGACAUCUACAGCACAAACAUGGACUCCACGAAAAGCAAAGCGGCAGAGAAUACUGGCAGUGAUCUGUCUGAACAGAUAAAAGCAGUCACUAAAGACAGCCACGUCAGAGCUGAAAACACACAACUGAUGCUCAGCUACCAGAAAGGACAGAUCACACAAACACAGUACAAGCUUCUGUUGUGCUCUCUAUAUGAGAUCUACCGAGCACUGGAGGAAGAGCUGGACAGAAACGCAGAACACCCAGCAGUGCAGCCCAUCUACUUCCCUCAGGAACUGGCCAGACUGGAGGCUCUGGAACGGGACCUGGAGCACUUCUUCGGACCCCAGUGGAGAAAGAGAAUAACAGUGCCUGCCGCCACACACCGAUACGCACAGAGACUGAGAGAGAUUGGCAAGAGCAGUCCCGAGCUUCUGGUGGCGCAUGCUUACACCCGCUACCUCGGAGAUCUGUCUGGAGGACAAGUGCUGGGCAAGAUCACCCAGAAAUCACUAGGGUUGACUGGAAAUAAGGGCAUUUUAUUCUUCUCGUUUCCUGGAGUGACGAGCGCUAAUAGAUUCAAGCAGCUGUACAGGAGCAGAAUGAACAGCAUCGAGUUCACAGAGCAAAAGAGGAGGGAAGCGCUGGACGAGGCCGUCAGGGCAUUUGAGUUCAACAUUGAUGUGUUUGAUGAUCUUCAGAAAAUGCUGAGCAUCACAGAGGAAGCUUCAAGUGAAAAAGGAAAUGAAGCUGCAUCCCAAAGUCUGUCAAAAACCUUCUCCAGCUCUCCAGCACUUCAGUUCGCAUUAGGAGUGGGCAUCACAUUGGCCACUGUUGGCAUGGGAGUUUACGCUUUUUAACUCAGAUUUGUUUUUACUAGUCAUCUGUAACUGUAAAUAUUAAUACAAUGAAGUCAAAUCCACAGGCUGACCGAUAACCAACUGUAAUGUAUAUGUACUUGAUUUUCUGGAUGCAUUUUUCUAGAUAAAAUUUUCAAAAUAGAAAUCAUUUCGAAAAGUAUGUCAGCUUACAACUUUUGACAGAAUGUCACUUCUUAAAAUGUAUUUACUUUUCAUACAUUUGGCAAAUGCUUUUCCUCGAAAUGAUUGACAGUGCAUAUGCCUUUCUGUCCAUAAAUGCUUUGAGUUGUCCAUGUAUUCUGUGUAAAUGCUAUAUUAAUAAACUGUUUAAUAUAUAUAUAUUUAAA